UCCCAAGAUGGCGCCGCGGCGCUGACGGGCGGCGGAAGAAGGUGACUGCAGCGGCGUCUCUCGGCGGGCGCGCGGCACGAUGAUUCCCACCGAGGAGGUGUCGGCCCGCAGGAGGGAGAUCGAGGGCAAGCUCAAGCAGGAAGAAGAAACUCUCUCCUUCAUCAAAGAAAGCCUUGAGAAAAGCGACCAGCUCACAAAAAACAUGGUUUCUAUCCUCUCUUCCUUUGAAAGUCGUUUGAUGAAGCUAGAGAACUCGAUCAUCCCUGUCCAUAAACAGACAGAGAACCUGCAGCGCCUGCAGGAGAAUCUGGAAAAGACCUUGUCCUGCUUGGAUCAUGUCAUUAGUUACUAUCAUGUGGCUAAGGACACAGAGAAGAUCAUAAAGGAAGGCCCCACUGGAAGGCUAGAAGAGUAUUUGAAUUGCAUGGACAAAAUCCAGAAGGCAGUGGAAUUCUUCCAGGACAACAAUCCGGACAGCCCAGAGCUGAAUCGUGUGAAAUCCCUCUUUGAGAGGGGGAAGGAGUCGCUGGAAUCAGAGUUUCGCAGCCUGAUGACACGACAUACCAAGCCAGUUCCACCCAUCCUCAUUCUGGACCUCAUCAGUGGGGAUGAUGAAAUGGAGACACAGGAGGAGAUGUCUCUGGAGCACCUUCCGGAAAGCGUCCUGCAUGAUAUUAUCCGCAUUUCUGGCUGGCUGGUGGAAAACGGCAGGAAUCAAGAUUUCAUGACUGUUUACUUCCAAAUCCGAUCAAUCCAGCUAGACCGCUCUAUCAAGGGUCUGAAAGACCACUUCCGUAAGAACAGCUCCUCCUCAGGGGUCCCGUACUCCCCUGCCAUUCAGAACAAAAGGAAGGACACCCCCACGAAAAAGCCCAUUAAGAGACCAGUCCUCAUCCCAGGCACGAUCCGGAAGGCUCAGAACCUUCUGAAACAGUACUCUCAGCAUGGUCUAGAUGGGAAAAAGGGGGCCUCUAACCUCAUUCCUAUGGAAGGUCAUGAGCAUGAUUUACGAGUUAAACAUCUUUCCGAUACCCUGAGCGACAAGCAUGGGCCAGCUGCUGGGAGAGAUGAUGUGUUCGACAUUGAAAUUGAUGCGUACAUCCACUGUGUUAGUGCCUUUGUCAAACUGGCCCAGAGCGAAUACCAGCUCCUGACAGAAAUCGUCCCAGAGCACCACCAGAAGAAGACCUUUGAUUCCCUCAUCCAGGAGUCAUUAGAUAACUUGAUCAUGGAAGGGGAUAACAUUGUGUCAGCAGCCCGGAAAGCCAUCAUACGACAUGACUAUUCUGCUGUUCUCACCAUCUUCCCUGUUCUCAAGCACCUCAAGCAGAUGAAGCCAGAAUUUGAUCAGGUCUUGCAGGGAACUGCAGCAGGCACAAAGAACAAACUGCCGGGGCUGAUCACUUCAAUGGAGACCACUGGUGCGAAGGCACUGGAAGAGUUUGCAGACAACAUUAAGAAUGAUCCAGACAAGGAAUAUAACAUGCCAAAAGACGGGACAGUUCACGAACUCACCAGCAAUGCCAUUCUCUUCCUGCAGCAGUUGUUGGAUUUCCAGGAGACAGCAGGUGCCAUGCUGGCAUCUCAAGAGACCAGUUCUUCAGCUAGUAGCUACAGUUCAGAGUUCAGCAGACGGUUACUGAGCACCUAUAUCUGCAAAGUGCUGGGGAACUUGCAGCUGAACCUUCUUAAUAAAUCCAAGGUUUAUGAAGACCCAGCUUUGAGGGCCAUUUUUCUGCAUAACAACUACAACUACAUCCUGAAAUCUCUAGAGAAAUCUGAGCUGAUUCAGUUGGUGGCUGUGACACAGAAGACAGCAGAGAGAUCGUACCGGGAGCUCAUAGAACAGCAGAUCCAGACUUACCAGCGGAGCUGGUUGAAAGUGACAGAUUACAUUUUGGAGAGGAACCUGCCUGUCUUUCAGCCAGGAGUGAAGCUUAAGGAUAAGGAGAGGCAGAUGAUAAAGGAACGCUUUAAGGGUUUUAAUGAUGGGCUGGAGGAGCUGUGUAAGAUCCAGAAGGCCUGGGCCAUCCCAGAUGUGGAGCAACGGGACAAAAUCCGCCAGGCACAGAAAACAAUUGUGAAAGAGACCUAUGGUGCCUUUUUGAACAGAUAUGGCAAUGUGCCCUUCACCAAGAACCCUGAGAAGUACAUCAAAUACCAAGUUGACCAGGUGGGAGAGAUGAUUGAGAAGCUGUUUGACACAUCGGCAUAAAUCCAGCUGUCUUGUACCCUCUAUCUGCCAAGUAUGUGGCAGCGCUUUCUUGGCGAUCUUUGGGACUCCCUUUCCUUCUCUCCUGCCCUAUUGUUGUGGGCAGGGUGUUAUACUUGUAUUUAUCAGAUUUAUUAACAUGUGGAAACACUA